UAGGAGUUGAUUCCUGAUGGAUACAAUCAAGUGCCUACUGCAAAUUUUUUCCUUUACAUUCGGAAAUGUCACAUUAGAAGUAAAAUGCAUUGCAAAUGCCGCUUCAUGUUUACAGCAAUAUAAAAUCCAGCAUUUAACAUUUUUUUUUUACAAAAAGGACAGAGAAAAGGGCGUGUUUUGUGUUUGCUAUGGUUCUCUAGAUUGUUGCUAGGUGGUUGCUAAGGUGUUGGGAUCCAAUUUACACAUUUAGGGGAUUUUUCUCACCCGUUUUAUCGUCCUCCAGGAAACUAAAUGUCUGAUUGCUCUAAGCAAUAGCACAUUAUUUGUGUCUGGAGUUGCACAUCAAAGUUUCGUUCUCACUGUAGGUAUGUUGGUAACCAUCACCAAUUAAAACUACAUCUGGAAGUUUCAUGUGCUCUUGAUAUUCAGGGUGUAAUUUAAAUCACAAGCACAUUUAUACUAGACACCAAAAAAUGAUGUCAUUCUAUCACCAUUCACAUGAUUUAUGAUUUAUAAGUCUCUCUGUGCACAUGUCACAGUAGAUCUGAUGAUUUCAGUAGAUUUUCCCAGCUGUUGUCUUAAACCUUUGCCAGUAUGAGCAAGUUAUGGGCAAUAAUGAAAUUAUUAUUAUCUGCUGAGUAAUAAAAAAAAAAUCCCCUUUUUAUUUAUUCAUUUACUGUCUCAGAUUUGCAUUCUUGUUGCAUUUCGGAGUGACAGGGCUUCAUCUGACCCAAAAGUGCGACAUUGUUCUCUUGCAAAACAAAACUUUUCCCUUGCAUUGUUGUCUGUUCCCAUGGGAACUUUGGUUGCAUGUGUGAAAGCAAGUAAUUGGGUCAUUUUAUAGUUUAUAUGAAAUGGAAAUGGAACUCUUGAAAUGAUACGUUUUAAUGCAUUGACUACGGCUCUAAUUGACUGUUUCCUAAAACAAUAUCCCGACUUCAAUCUCAGGGAAGAGAAUAAGACAGGAAACCUGAGAAAAGAGUGUAUGAAAAGCUCUCUGAUGGCUCCGCCUCCUUUGCCCAAACAAGGGCAGGACAGUUCCUAUGAUAUCACCAGCAAGUGGGGCAAUGCUGUUUCACAAAACAUUCACCUUUCACUGCGCUCAUGACAUGGUUGGAAUGUAAUUGUUAAUGCAGGUAACCGUUCAUUGAUGCUUUGAGCAGAGUAACUUCAAAAACAUGUUAGGCAUGGACCUACCUGGACUCCUUCCCAGCUAGAUGACUCAAGAGACUGUUGGAGCAAGAGAAGGCAUACCAGGCUCGCAAGGACAAGGAUCACAGCAAACGUCUUGAGAAAGUUCGGGAGGAGCUGGUUAAGUUGAAAUCAUUUACCUUGAUGCUGGUGGAUGAAAGGCAGCUUCACAUUGAACAGAUUGACCAGGAAAGACAGAAGGUCCAGGAUCUCAGUAAGAAGCUACAUGAACGAGAGAAGCAGUUGGAGCUCAUCAACAGCAAAGUUAAAGAAGACAGUCAGAGGAUCCAAAGGCUGGAGCUCGACCUAGAACAAAAGACCUCCAAAUCUUCACAGGAACAUGAGGAGAUGACCGCCAAGCUGGCCAAGCAGGAGUCUGAAAGUCGACAGCUGCGUCUGAAGCUGGCCAGCAUGUCACGCAGGAUUGAGGAGCUGGAGGAGGCCAAUUGUACGCUGCAGAAGUCUGAAGAGGACCUUCAGGAUCUGCGGGACAAAAUAAGCAGAGGGGAGUGCGGGAACUCGAGCCUCAUGGCUGAGCUGGAGAACCUUCAGAAGAGAGUUCUAGAAAUGGAGGGCAAGGAUGAGGAGAUCACGAAAACAGAAGCGCAGUGCAAGGAGCUAAAGAGGAGGCUCCAAGAUGAGGAGAAUCACAGCCGUGAGCUGAAACUAGAGGUUGAAAAACUGCAAAAGAGGAUGGUGGACCUGGAGAAACUGGAGGGAGCUUUCAAUGUGAGCAAAUCCGAAUGUGCCCAGCUUCACAACAAUCUGGAGAAAGAAAGAACCUUGACAAAGAGCUUGGCAUUUGAGCUGGAAACAGUUAAAAACCAUAUCAAAGAACUUGAGUGCUCAGAAUCAAGGCUGGAAAAGGCUGAGAUGGGUUUAACGGAUGACUUGACCAAACUAAAGUCAUUCACGGUGAUCCUAAUGGACGAAAGGAAGAACAUGGCAGAACGAAUCAAACAGGAAGAGCAGAAAAGUGAGGAGAUAAACAAACUGUUUAAAGCUGAGCAAUGCAAAGUCAUGGAGGUCACAGAAAAGCUGAUUGAGGAAAGUAAGAAGCUUCUUAAACUGAAGUCCGAAAUGGAGAUGAAAGUAUCCGCUAUUACCAAGGAGAAAGAUGACCUGAAAUCUAAACUUGCAAGUGAAGAAGAGAAACGAAAGGAUCUGAGUAUAAAGUUAUGCCAGAUGCAAACUAAAUUGGACAAGCAAGAGGAAGCUAAGUGGGAAUCUCCAAGAAACAGAGAUAAUGUAAAAGUUGGGUAUCCCAAUGAAGACAACAAGGUUAAAGAGCUCACAAUGGAGAUUGAGAGACUCAGGAACCGACUUAAACAGCUUGAGGUUGUGGAGGGCGAUUUGUUGAAGACAGAGGAUGAGUAUGACAUGCUUGAGAAGAAGUUCAGAACCGAGCAAGACAAAGCCAAUGCCCUUUCCCAGCUCCUGGAGGAAAUGAAGACACAGAUCACCAAGAACAAAGCCAUAGAAAAAGGAGAGUUGGUAAGCCAAGAAGCUGAGCUGAGACUACGCUGCAAGAUGGAGGAGGCCAAAACGAGAAAUCUCCAGGCUGAUGUCCAAGCUCUAAAAGAGAAGAUUCAUGAGCUCAUGAACAAGGAAGAUCAACUAUCUCAGCUUCAGGUGGACUACACGGUUCUCCAGCAGCGGUUCAUCGAAGAGGAGGAUAAAAAGAAAAACAUGAGUCAAGAAGUUAUCAAACUAACCAAAGAGUUAGAAGCUACUAAGCGUUACAGCCGUGCCCUUAGACCCAGCAUGAAUGGAAGGAGGAUUGUGGACGUUCCUCUCACUUCCACUGCAGUACAGACCGAGGCAGACAUGAACGAACACAUCGAAGAAGAGACUCCAGCUGUGUUCAUCCAGAAGUCUGUUCUAGAGGAAAAUCACAUCAUGAGUAAUCUGAGGCAGAAAGGUCUCAAGAAACCGACCGUGUUGGACCGUUACCCGCCGGCGGCUGCAGAGUUGGGGACGAGGAAGUCUUGGAACCCUUGGAUGAAGAAGAAAGAAGCGGUUACUAUCACUCAGGGAGUUCCAUCAACCAAGGAGGUCAAUGGAACAACAUCACGGACAUCACCAGAACUAACCAUGUCUCAGAAACCCGGUCAGCCCCUUCAUAUUAAGGUGACUCCAGACCAUCAGAGCAGCACUGCCAAGUUGGAGAUCACCGGUCCAUGUGCUGAGGACUUCUUCUCCAGUACCACCAUCAUCCCAACUCUUGGCCUUCAGAAACCACGAAUCACAAUUGUUCCUACUUCUAUGCUGCCAAAGUCAAAAACCAACGAAGUGCCAGCUGAACGGACAAAGUCUCCAGUAACUAUAACGGCCAUCUCCAGAGCUAAAUCUCCAGAGAAGGGUAAGGGCUCUUACUCGGAGCAUCCUGCUUCUCCUCUGUCCAUCAUAACCAUUAGCGCAACUCCAGUCUCCCAGACAUCCAUCUCUCCAGAACCUCAUGAGAUGACCAUGGGCAGGGCCGUGUUCAAGUUGACCCCUGAAAAGCAGACCGUCCCAAUGCCCAUCCGGAAAUACAACUCCAAUAUUAUAACCACAGAGGAUAACAAGAUCCACAUCCACCUGGGGUCACCAGGGUUCAAGAAACCUCAGGAUGACAGAAGUGGCUUGGUUACAGUUUGGCCUAAUGGUGUAAGUUCAGACAGCAGAGAGAUGCCAACAGGGACAGUUCUGCGCUCUCCCAGACAGACGUCAGCUAAUGUUGGGAACAUGAUCCAAGGCAAGAUGACCAGCAGCAUCACAAUAACUCCCAUCACCUCUGCCCCAUCCAGGUCUACUCAAUCUGUGCAUGGAACGGAUGGGCAGUCAUCUCGCUCCACGGCAACACGAAUCCCCAUGUCAAAAGGUAUGAAAACAGGGAAAGCGGUCUUGUCCACGACGUCACGCUCUGAGAGCCAGUCUAUGAAAAUUGAACUGAGGAAAUCUGCAGUUUGCAGCUCUGCAGCCGGAGCCGGAGGAAAGAGCUGAGAUUGGCUCAUGUUAAUGGGGCAAUGGAAUUUAAUCUAAGCACUACAGAACUGAAUGAAAUCUGAACAAAAGUGUUGCAAUGUAAAACAGAGCAAUCAUUGGCACUGUGGCAUCCAUUUCUACAUUGAGAAACAUUAUUGUAAUAUUGUAAAUACUGUAUGUCAAAUCAGCCUGAACAAUGAAUUGUACAGACAUUUAUAAUUGGACAUCAGACAGUUGGAAUGUGUGCAUGUGUGUGUUGUGUUAAAACAUUUUAACUAACCCUUCACCAUUUCUUUUAGUAUUUAUUUUUACAUUUCCAUUUCACUAAGGUUUUAUUCAGUAAAACUGCUUGUGGAGGUUUCCAGGGGGUUGAAAAUGCAUUGUAUUAAAUGUCACUGAAUGAAUUUUGUGAUUUCACUUAAUAAAUAUUUUUCUGUCUUCAGAAUACAUGGAAAUAUUUUUUUUUUGAGGGGGGGGUUGGGUUAUUUUUAUUGAUAUUUGAUAGGGAAUGCUAGAAAGAAAUAGUAUUUGUUAUUAAGUUUCUGUGUACCUACUGUAUGUACAGUAUAAGGGGAUUGAACUAAGUUCAGGAAACCUCCAUAAAUUGUGAAUAUCAUUUUAAACCAUAGUAUGUUCAGUGGAUAAACUGAUAUUUGUGAUUCACCCAUUUUAGAAACUAAAUAUUCUGACAGUAAAGGAAUUUGAUAUUAUUCCUAAGAUUAUUCCAAUGCCUUUUGUUUCCUUUCAGUUCAGUAACACAUUCUGAAUCAAUUUUGUUCAAUGACACUUUUGUUUUGUACGGAACAGCUGAUAUAAAUAUUUAUAAAUACAA